GUGGACAAGGCGUACAACAAGAAGGGCAUGUGGGGCACCGACGUCGGGCCGCUUGGCCACCCCGAGGUCUCCACCGUGGGCCUCGAUGACCUCCAGAAGAGGUGUGCGGAGGCCUAUGCUAAGGGAGCUCGUUUUGCCAAGUGGCGCAACGUCCUCCAGCAAGACCCCGAGACAGGUCUGCCCAGCGACCUCGCCAUUGCCGACACCGUGCACACUCUGGCGCGCUACGCGUCUAUCUGCCAGAGCGAGAAGUUGGUACCAAUCGUUGAGCCGGAGAUCGUGCCCAACGGCAAACACGAUAUCGCUUAUCGAAGACGUGACCGAGAAGGUGCUGGCCGCCCAGUUCAAGGCUCUCGCGGAUCACCACGUCUACCUGGAGGGCUGCCUCCUGAAGCCGAACAUGGUGAAGAACGGCAUCGGCGGCCCGAAGGCUGACACUGAAACAAUCGCAACGCUCACAGUUCAGGCGCUGCUCCGCACAGUGCCUCCAGCGUUACCGGGCAUCUUCUUCCUGUCUGGCGAGACCGCCUUGGACGAGGACAACGAGGAGGUGGCAACCAUCAACCUGAACAUGAUGAACAAGCUCUUCAAGGACAAGAUGCCCUGGCACCUCUCAUUCUCGUACGGCAAGGCUCUGCAGAAGACGUGCAUCGUGACCUGGCUGGGCAAGGAGGAGAACAAGGCGGCCGCGCAGAAGGCACUGAAGGCGAGGGCCAACGCGAAUUUCGAUGCAGUCAUGGGCAAGUACACGCCCGGGAGCUGCCCCAGCGUCGGCACCGACGGCAACGUGAAGCAGGAUGUUCUGGCGGAGCUCAAGGAGACAGCCACCAAGCUCUGCGCACCCGGGAAGGGGUUCCUCGCUGCCGAUGAGUCUGCGGGCCCGUGGCUGCGCGCCGGCCACGCCGAGGCAGCGAAGAUCCCCGACGUCAUCGAGAACCGUGCCGCGUACCGCGCCAUGUGCUUCGGCACCCCGGGCUUGAGCGAGCACAUCAGCGGUGUGAUCCUGCACUGGGAGACUCUCUUCCAGGACGACGCCUCAGGGAAGCCGAUGGUGGACAUCAUCACUGGGAACGGCAUGAUCCCAGGCAUCAAGGUGGACAAGGCGUACAACAAGAAGGGCAUGUGGGGCACCGCCGUCGGGCCGCUGGGCCACCCCGAGGUCUCCACCGUGGGCCUCGACGACCUCCAGAAGAGGUGCGCGGAGGCCUACGCGAAGGGAGCCCGUUUUGCCAAGUGGCGCAACGUCCUCCAGCUCGACCCCAAGACGGGGCUACCCAGCGACCUGGCCAUUGCCGACACGGUGCACACUCUGGCGCGCUACGCGUCUAUCUGCCAGAGCGAGAAGUUGGUGCCGAUCGUUGAGCCAGAGAUUGUGCCCAAUGGCAACCACGAUAUCGCCUAUUGUGCGAUGGUGACCGAGAAGGUGCUGGCCGCCCAGUUCAAGGCUCUGGCGGAUCACCACAUCUACCUGGAGGGUUGCCUCCUGAAGCCGAACAUGGUGAAGAACGGCAUCGGUGGUACGAAGGCUGACACUGAAACAAUCGCAACGCUGACAGUGCAGGCGCUGCUUCGCACAGUGCCUCCAGCGUUGCCGGGUAUCUUUUUCCUGUCUGGCGAGACCGCGCUGGACGAGGACAACGAGGAGGUGGCAACCAUCAACCUGAACAUGAUGAACAAGCUCUUCAAGGACAAGAUGCCCUGGCACCUCUCCUUCUCGUACGGCAAGGCCUUGCAGAAGACGUGCAUCGUGACCUGGAUGGGCAAGGAGGAGAACAACGCGGCCGCCCAGAAAGCACUGAAGGCGAGGGCCAACGCGAAUUUCGAUGCAGUCAUGGGCAAGUACACGCCCGGGAGCUGCCCCAGCGUCGGGACCGACGGCAACGUGAAGCAGGCCGCAGGGCCGUACUGA